CGUCGGUUGUUCUUGUUCGCUCGCUGCAUGUACCUCGGGGACGACGGUCGCGCCCGCGUAUCGCGCUUAUUAUUUCUUCUCAAAGUAGACGCGUUUGCUCGAUUUUUACAACGAAUUCAACCGCAAACUUGUGACUUAUUUUAUUAUUUUACUGUGCUGUGACUCGUGAUUCGUUCGAAACGAUCGUCCUAUUGGAAUAUCGCCGGUCGCCGGCUAGAUACGAUUCGUUUCGGUGUCUACUUGUGCCUUGUGGAUGUUGACUAGUGGAUAUCGAGUGAGUGCGAGUGGUGUAGUCGUGGAGCGGAGGAUGUCAGUCAGCAGCGAGGGAUUCGAAUGCGUGUGACGGCCUCGUCGACAUGAGACGCCGCUGGUCUAAUAACGGAGGUUUCCCCCUGCGAAUGCUCGAAGAGAGCUCCUCGGAAGUGACUUCCUCCUCGGCCCUCGGUAUACCGGCGGCUAUGGUUAUGUCGCCGGAAUCUCUGGCUUCGCCCGAGUACGGCGGGCUCGAACUUUGGGGCUAUGACGACAGCAUGCCGUACAACACGGCCCAGUCGCUCCUCAGCAACACGUGUACCAUCCAGCAGCUGCAGCCGCCGGCUCAGACGCUGCCCUCCAUGCCCCUCCCGAUGCCGCCGACCACACCGAAGUCGGAAAACGAAUCUAUAUCGUCAGGUCGUGAGGAGCUAUCUCCGGCGUCCAGCAUCAAUGGCUGCGGCGCGGAGAGCGAGGCCAGGCGACAGAAGAAGGGCCCGGCGCCACGGCAGCAGGAGGAGCUGUGCCUGGUCUGCGGGGACAGAGCCUCGGGAUACCACUACAAUGCCCUCACUUGUGAAGGAUGCAAAGGUUUCUUCAGGCGGAGCGUCACAAAGAAUGCCGUGUACAUAUGCAAAUUCGGGCAUGCUUGUGAAAUGGACAUGUAUAUGCGAAGAAAGUGUCAGGAGUGUAGGUUGAAAAAGUGUCUAGCGGUCGGCAUGAGACCGGAGUGCGUGGUGCCGGAGAACCAGUGUGCGAUAAAGAGGAAAGAGAAGAAGGCACAGAGGGAGAAGGACAAACUGCCCGUGAGCACGACCACGGUGGACGAUCACAUGCCGCCCAUCAUGCAGUGCGAUCCCCCACCACCGGAGGCCGCGAGAAUUCUGGAAUGUUUGCAGCACGAAGUCGUGCCGCGGUUCCUCUCGGAGAAACUACUAGAACAGAACCGACUGAAGAAUAUACCGCCGCUGACGGCCAACCAGCAGUUCCUCAUCGCGAGGCUGGUGUGGUACCAGGAUGGGUACGAGCAGCCUUCGGAGGAGGAUCUGAAGAGGGUCACGCAGACUUGGCAGACAGCGGAUGAGGAUGAGGACAAGACUGACCUCCCGUUCCGCCAGAUCACCGAGAUGACGAUACUGACGGUGCAGCUGAUUGUGGAGUUCGCUAAGGGGCUCCCGGGCUUCGCCAAGAUCUCGCAGCCCGAUCAGAUCACGUUACUGAAGGCGUGCUCGAGCGAGGUGAUGAUGCUGCGCGUAUCCCGGCGUUACGACGCGCAAACGGACAGCGUGCUGUUCGCUACCAACCAGGCGUACACGCGCGACAACUACCGCAAGGCCGGCAUGUCGGACGUCAUAGACGACCUGCUGCACUUCUGCCGCUGCAUGCAUGCCAUGUCGAUGGAUAAUGUCCAUUACGCGCUGCUCACCGCCAUCGUUAUAUUCUCAGAUCGGCCGGGACUCGAGCAGCCGCAACUGGUCGAGGAGAUCCAGCGGUAUUACCUCAACACGCUGCGGGUGUACAUCCUCAACCAGUUCAGCGCCACCACCCGCUGCUCCGUGGUCUUCGGCAAGAUCCUCUCCAUCCUCUCCGAGUUGCGCACGCUCGGCAUGCAGAACUCCAACAUGUGCAUCUCGCUCAAACUCAAGAACAGAAAGCUCCCGCCCUUCCUCGAGGAGAUCUGGGACGUCGCGGACGUGUCGCAGCCGGUCGUCGAGGUGCCCGCCGACCUUUAGCGCGCGCGGACGCGUCGCCCCGCCUAGCCCCGCCCCCGAGGAGAGAACGCAUAGACUGGCUAGUUUUAGUGACGUGGACGGAGUAUUUAUAAGGACCGGAGGUGCGAGAUUAGUGAAUAUAUGUGCUGUUGAACGUUCGGAGUAUAUAUGUGUUAGCGGGCCCGCGGGGGGCGCCGCCCGGCGCGGGUCCGCCCUAUUUUGUUUCGACUGGACUGGAGGCGAUAUCUCCGAGCGGCUCGCGAUUCCCAUCUCGUUUGUUCGCCGAGAACGUGGCUGUGUGAGUUUGUUGUCGCUAGUCACCGCGAUAUCGAGUACGGCGUAUUAGUUAAUACUGUUCGCCCAGGCGCUGCUACGAUCCCAUACAGAUUAAAGUUUACGCCUUCGCGGUGGGAAGCGACAAAACUGAUGCACAGUAUCUCGGAAGCGAGAGGCGAGUCGAGCGGCUCGCGCGUUCGGCCGCUCGGGCGAGACGCGCCGAGUGCGCCGCAUACGUUACGAGAGUUUAAAAAGUAAUAUAUGAGAGAUGUUUCUAUUGGGUGAAGAGUUGAUAGUUAUGUUUAUUUACCAAAAUUAACGGUUAAUUGACCUUUUUCGAUAUAUGUAUAUUGUAGUCGCCCGCGGCGGUUUGUUAUAUAUAGUUUACGUGACGUCGUCCGUCGGAAUGUCCCGCGUCCCGCAGGCCACUACGCGACUAAUAAUUUAUUGCUGUGAUUAUAUUAUACGAGGCGGGGCCGGGUACCGCAGGAGCUCCGCUGUCCGUCUGUCCGUGUUGUGUUUCCGAGAUCGCCCCGCACCGACCGACACCAGGUGACGGCCUCGAACGACAGGUCGAUGUACAAUUCUUGCAAUUUACUGUAGUUUUAGACGAUAAAUAGUUACGAUUAUAGACAUGGUAUCACUCGAGCUACUUUCAAAUAGUGGGGACAGAUUUAGUUCGCAUUUGAUGUUUUAGUGAGUAAUGACUAUUAACUAUGUUCAGAUAAGUUAUAAUCUUAAAACUGCCAUGGAAAAGAAAUUGAGCUUCAAAUGUUUUAAAAGUAUCACAACGUGGCGUGUGCUCCAGGCAGCUGUAUGUACAUACGGAAUUAGGGACAUAUUAUUUAUUAUUAUAAAUGACAUCACUCGUGUAUAACAUUAUAAUUUACAACAAUUCGGAUGCAAUAAUAACAUAGCGCAAUAAACUUAAAUAUUUUUCGAUCACUAAGUGAUCUCAAAAUCUAUAGGGAUGUUCACAGAUGCAUAGAACUAAAAAUGCUUUAAACUGUUUAGGAGCUGUACAAAUAUUGAUAUAUAUAUAACCCUCAGUUCGUUUAGCUUGACUGCGAGAGGUUUCUGUUCAGCUGUGGGACCAAAAUUAAAGAAAAACCAGGACGUUUAUUUAAUCGAAUAGCACAGCUAAAGACAGCGAUUAAAAUUGAAUUGAAGAUCUUAUGUUAGAUGUAAGUAUAUUUUUAUAUGGAGAAAUUAUAGUUAGUUAUAAGUUUGACCCGAAGGCAGCUGAAUCGGUUAAGACGGAGGCUCACGCGCCGCCUUGUGAAUGUAACGACUAAAUCUGUCUCCUGUGUAAUGUAAGAAUCAUCUGACACGUAUACAUAGGCUCGAAAUGCCACUCGAUUCAUCGGUCAAAUUGUCAUGAAAUCUACUAUAACUUUUUAAAUAACAAUUUAUGAACUUCAAUAAAAUUCAAACACUUCAAUAAAUAGCUCCAAUUAAAAUAUAUCCGAAAAAAAACGUCGCGAAAUUAAACGCACGCAAACGCGCCCGCACUGCGUACGCAUUUGCGUGCUUGCGUGCAAUUUUGCGGCGCCAACCGCUGAGUCGAGUGCGAGAGCCCCGAGUCGAACUGCCCAUAUGCAAUAUGUAUCAUACGAAUUGCCUUACUCGCGUUACCUGUACUGUGUACCUUCAUUGUUGAGGAAUCUUUAGUAUAUGGAGCACUAUAUUAACGAUCUCAAAUACCGAUUAGAGUUGUUACAUAUUAAGCGUUCCUGUUGUUUGCUGGGCAUUUUGUAUUGAUUUCCGAGUUCCGACGUAUUCCGUAGCCCUGUGUGGAUUUGUAUCGUUGUAACUAUCGCGCUCAUUGUACUAAUCACGUGUAGUCUUGCGGGUUGACCGACCUCGGCGAUUACCGACCUUUUCCGUUAUUUAAAAACCCCACUUCCGCCAUAUUUAGUCGUAUAACCCGAGCUCUGUCUAGCAGUAACCGUCAAACCGCAUCGCUACGCAGCUACUCAUAAUGGUUAGUUCUAGAUCAUUCGUUAUCACAAUCAUUGAAGCGGUAAAUGAGUAUGGUGCGUGUUGUGUCUUCUUUACAUACCACUAAGUGUUGUAACAUAAUAAUAAGUGCGUUUGUGGUUUUUUGGAAUUGCAUUUCUUGUAUGAUUCAGUGGAACGAUGAAGCUCGCACCGCGGAUCGAGUGCUAGUCCGCUUCGCAUCGACUCGACUUUAUAUAAUUUUAUUGUAGCUGUAGGCGAUUCUGAGGUCGGGGUCCCUCGGCAUUCUCGAACAGCUGGCAAACCUGUAGGCCUA